GGCUCCGCCUGCCCUAUAUAAAGUGGUGGAGCUCCGGAAAGGGUGCGAGUGUCUGUUGGCGAGGUGGGUUGCGGGACUGAGAGCGGCACCAUGGCAGACCAGUCUUUUGUGACACUAGCCACAAAUGAUUCCUACGUAAAAGGAGCACUUGUACUUGGAUCAUCGCUACGGAAUUAUAGAACGACAAGGAAGUUGACAGUGUUGAUCACUCCCCAUGUUUCUGAUGCAAUGAGGACAGUCUUAGAAAAGGUCUUUGAUGAAGUGAAGCUGGUGAAUGUUUUGGACAGUGGUGAUUCAGCCCAUCUUGCACUAUUGAAAAGGCCUGAACUUGGUGUUACUUUGACAAAACUCCACUGCUGGGAACUAACACAGUAUUCAAAGUGUGUGUUUAUGGAUGCAGACACAAUGGUCUUGUCAAACAUUGAUGAACUUUUUGAAAGAGAAGAACUUUCUGCAGCUCCAGAUCCAGGCUGGCCUGACUGUUUCAAUUCAGGAGUUUUUGUUUAUAGGCCUUCCAUUGAAACAUUCAAUCAACUGUUGCAACUUGCCACAGAGAAAGGCAGCUUUGAUGGUGGGGACCAGGGUCUGUUGAACACUUUCUUCAGCAGUUGGGCAACUACAGAUAUUAGCAAGCAUCUCCCAUUUAUUUAUAACUUAAGCAGUAUUUCUAUUUAUUCCUACCUCCCAGCAUUUAAAGCGUUUGGGAUGAAUGCUAAAGUUGUGCACUUUCUGGGCAGAGUGAAACCAUGGAAUUAUACGUAUGACUCCAAAGCAAAAAGUGUCAAAGAAGACACUCAAGAUCCCACAAUGAUUCAUCCAGAGUUCCUCAAUAUGUGGUGGGACACUUUUGUCACAAAUAUCUUACCAUUAUUACAGCAGCAUGGUGUAAUCAAAGAUACAGCUACUGGUGUAAAGGCGGAAGAGGUAACAGAGGCAGUCUCUCACCUGUCACUUUCAGCAGCAGAAAUGCCACAUUCACCACCAUCACCACCAGCUAUGUCCUCAGAAGAACGUAAAGAAAAAUGGGAGCAAGGUCAGGCUGACUACAUGGGAGCAGACAGCUUUGACAACAUCAAGAAAAAACUUGACACCUACCUCCAGUAAAAGCACUUGUAUUUGCUCCCCCAAAUAUCAGCAAUACAAGGACUUGUUUCAGAGCUGUAGCAACUAGAAAAGUCAGCUAGGGUCAGUUAAGUUUGCCAGAAGCGUUGCCGGUGCUGAACUGAAGGCUUUUGGAAAUACUGCAGGUAAGAACGGAGCAAAAGCUGUUUUAAGUAUGAAUUCGUGUGCCAAUCAUGUGUCCAACAGUCAGAUCUUUUUCUUUUGCUCAAAAACUCACGAAUAUGCCUGCAAAGCACCUGAGAACAGGAUACUGCACUGGCCUGAAACAUACUACUCAGACCUAAAAGACUGUGUGUUACCUCUCCUUCCUUUCACACAUGCACACCAAUAUGUUCUGCUUGCUACAAAGAAAUAAUGGCUAGAGAUUCAGGCAGGUAUAACAGAAAAGCCUUAUAAUACUAGCAUAUGUAUAUGCAACUUGAUAACUGUAAAGUUACCUUUUUGCCUGUUCCAGCCAUUUCUGACCAGUUUUCUAUGCACAAAACUACAGCAUGGCAAAUGCUUUUGUUCAGGUUCUCUGUAUGACUGAGACAAGUAAAUCUGUGAACUGUAAUGGCAAAGUACAAAAUAAAAACAUUGUUGAAAGUUGUCAACCCAUCAAGUGGCAAUAAAAUCUGUGACCCUC